CAUCAUCAGUCGCUCUACAUCAGUUGAACAUUCCGUCCACUACAGCACCAGCAGCACAUUCAAAUAUUUAUUUGAACUGACAUUGUAGCAAAACAAGAAAGCAAAACUAAAUAUGAAUAUCUCAUUGCUAUUGCUUUUGGGUGCUUUCUGCAUCUGCGCUGCGGAGAAAGUCCCUACAGCUGACGUGGCCGUGAACAGCAAAAUUGCGAAUGUGACCGAUAGCGAAAUUAUUCCAAGGGAUAAACGCGGAUAUUCAUCUGCAUCAUCCGGCGGUGGCAGUUACAACGCUUCACCCUCAGUCACCGUUCCCAACAUUCCGGAAUCCACCGAUCCCUACUCUUCCGGAAGCUCUUCUUCCUAUUCUGGCGCAGGAUCCAGCGGAUCUUCAUACGAAUCAAGCCACAACACGCCUUCGUACUCACCUGCGGUUGACUACAAUCCGGCCCCAGCUCCCGCUCCUUCCAGCUACGGUUCCUCGUCUGUUAGCAGCUACGAAUCCAGUCACGCACCUUCAUAUCCAUCGCCUGCUCCUUCCAGCUACGGCUCCUCAUCCAGCAGCAGCUACGAAUCGAGCCACACCCCUUCGUAUGCAUCACCAGUCCCUGCUCCAGCUCCAUCCAGCUACGGAUCCUCAUCUGGAAAUAGCUACGCCUCAAGCCAUUCUCCUUCUUAUCCGGCUCCGUCCUCUUAUUCACCUGCUCCGGCCCCGGCAAGUUAUGGUGGCUCAUCAUCCGGAAGCAGCAGCUAUGGAUCUUCUUCUGGAUCGCAUGGACCCAGUGCUACAUCGCUGGCCGAACAGGCCGCCAAUCAAGCCAGUGCAGCCCAAAAUGCUCAAGCUGGAGCAGCAGCCCAAGCGGCCCAACAAGCCACUGCCCAACUGGCUGCCCAAGCAUCUCAAGCAGCUCAACAAGCCCAGGCCAUUGUCGCCGCCAAACAAGCCCAGACAGCCAUGAUUACCCAAGCUGCACAAGCAGCCCAGUCUGCCGCACUAGCCGAAGCUACAUUGGCCAGUCAAGUUCAAUUGGCAUUCCAGGCUGUUCAAAGCACCCAAGUGCAAGCCGUUCAGCUCGCCCAGUCUAUCCAGAAUCUCGCCCAGGCAGCUACCAACCACGCCACAACUGCCACCUCAGCAGUUCAAGCAAUCCAGGCCGUCCAAGCUGCCCAGAGCCAAAUGGCAUCUCAAGCUCAACAGAAUGCCGCACAUCUCGCUCAGAAGCAACAAGCCAGUCUCGCUGAUUUGGCAUCCGCCCAACAGGCCGCUAACAAAGCAGCUGCUGCCGCCUCCGCUGCCCAAUCUAACGUUUCUGGUGGUGGAUCCUACUCGACUGGUUACGGCAGUGGUGGCAGCAGCCACGGAAGCAGCUCAUCCGGAUAUGGCUCAUCCUCUUCAUCCAACAGCUAUGGUAGCUCCUCAUCGUCGACCACCUACGGAAGCUCAUCGGGCGGAUCCAGCUACGGAAGUUCAUCCGGAGGUGCCAGCUACUAAUAGUUUACGAGAGAGAAAGAUUGGCAUGAGCCUUGACAUACCCAAUUACCCAUCAACCGAUACCCUGUAUUACGACAAAUGAGAAACGUGUCUUUACGCAUCGACGUCCAGCUGUGCUGCGUCUUUGAAUUUAAUAACAAAUGAUUUUUCUUUUUUUAAGAAUAUGCAAUAUAAUAUUUCAGUUGAUCUCUUGAGAAUGGAAAUCAUAAUACAAUAUAUGGAUACAAAA